AUGAGCUUGAAAACCGCAAUCCCCACUUCCUACUGCUCUAACACUGGAAAGCUGCCAGGAUCUCCAGAAGAAAUGAAUCGCCAAGACAAUGUCGCUUUUGUCCUGGGUUUGUUAGUUAUCUCGAAAUACCUCGGGACGCCUCUGUGGAGUUCUCUUUGAAACUCUUCCCCUUUGAAGACUUCCUGCCCAGCUGCAGUGAUGUGGUUGUUGGAAAAGAUCAGAGCAUCACAUGAAAAUGGAAACCUCCCCAGCUCCUCCUUCCUGGGACUACCACAAGGCCAAAAUCUGCCAGAAAAAGCUCAACUGAGGGCUGCUGCUUUUCCAAAUGUGAUUACUCCUGACAGAAUCCCUGAAUUUUGCAUUCCCCCGAGGCUGACCAGCUCUGCCUCCAUUAAGGGCAGUGGCUUCCACCAGGAUCACAGUUCAGUGGAUGCAGCUCUUGCUGCUGAUUAUAGCCCCAGCUCUUGCCCACAUCUCAUUCAGGUGGAAAGUGUUGAAGAGGAGAUCUCUGCCCUGGAGGAAGAAAGCACCAAUGCAGACCCACAGUCCCAAGCAGCACUCUCCCUGCCCCACUUUCCCAGAGCCCCCACUUCCUAUGGUUUCUGCACUUUGCUGGAGAGUCCCCACACCAGGAGGAAGGAGUCCAUCUUCCAUGGUGAUCCACGUGGUGCUCUGCCCAGCUUGAAGCUGUCUCGAUCCAGAGCUAACACCUUCAGUGGCAAAGGGAGUAUAUCUAAUCCCAUUGCUAUCAGCUUUGCUUCUGUGAGACUGCCGCCCAAGCAUCUCUCUCUGCACAGGCAAGGUGCCUGUGACAGUGACACUGCCUCUUCCAGUGAUUCCUCUCCGUUCAGUUCUCCACUUCUCAGCAGGUCACCUCCCAGACCCUGCUCCCUGAUCAAGGCACAAAGUCAGGAGGGAUUGCUCUGCAGGGCACUGAAGGACAAGAGCAAAUACAUUAUGCCCAGGAACAAUUCUCUCUCUACAGAGGAGAGCAGCUCCACUGAUAACAGCCCCAGUGCCAUCAGGAGAGCCUCUGAGGGGCUGCUUGGCAUACAGAGCACUUCCUGUUCUCCCAUGUUUCCAGUGGACCUGACCUGCAGUCGGGAGAGACUGGUGGGAGAGAAUACUGUGGUAAUGGACAAGGGAGGCGUGUUGAGGCUGUCAGCUGAAUACUGCUCAGAGAACGAAAGGCUGCGGAUCCGCCUGAUCAGUGCAGAGGGGUUAUAUGAUGAUUCUGUAGAGCCCAAAACCAUAAACUGCUGUAUCUCCUUCUCCCUGGUGCCAGGGAAAACACAGAAGCAGAAAAGCACAGUUAUAAAGAGAAGCAGAAAUCCCAUCUUCAAUGAGGACUUCUUUUUUGAUGGCAUUGCGGAAGAAGAUCUGUACAGCCUCUCUGUCAGGAUGAAAGCAACAAAUAAAGGGUGCAGUAUGAAACGAGAUUAUACUUUAGGAGAACGGGAAUUGUCUUUAAUGAGUAUGUUGUCAGUGUAGUGCUUCAAAUAGUCAAACAAAUUGUCUUCUGAAAGUUUUAUACUAAAUAAAGUUUUAGGUUGACUUUUA